CUUGGAGAUAAAACAGAAGUUAGAGGGUACAAGAAGAGAGAAAAUGUUCAGAGACACAUGUUUUGGACAUUGGUUGGAUAUUACUUUUACAGACGGAGACCCACAUUUGGUGCAUUUGAUACUCCAGACACAGAUAGAUGUUGACCUGGAUAAUGAUAAUGGGCAUGACCCGUUGAUAUACAAUGUUAGGGGCCACAAUGUACAAUUUGGGCGAGUUGAGUUUUGCCUUAUUACUGGACUCUUAUUUGGGCCGUUAGAUUGGUCAUUAUAUAGAUCGGGUAAUAUCCCAUUUCGGGAUCGAGUAUUUGGACACAUACAAACAGAUAUGGUUCACUUGCAGGAUUUUAGAGAUACUUUUGAUAGCCAAAGAUUUCAUGAUCUCGCAGACAUUGAUGCAAUACGAAUUUGUUUGGUAAUGUGUUUGGAAUAUGUAUUCAAUGGUCGUGAGGUAAGGUAUGUGGUGGACCGUGAGAUAUUACGAUUGGUAGAGGAUUUAGAGGCAUGGAACACAUUCCCAUGGGGUUCCUAUGUGUGGCCCAGUACGUAUGUUCAACUUAGAAACGCGAUAGCUACACGUAGGGCGAAACACUUGGCGUUAGGACCCUCUAAAAUUCCCAAGUAUACAAUGACAGGAUUUAUUUGGGCCUUUAAAAUUUGGAUAUUGGAAACCUUCCUUGUUGGGUGUCCUUGGUGGAGGCGGAACGAUAGCGUGAUCCCGAGGGCCAUCGGUUGGCAUAAGACCAAGCCAUUUAAACAAUAUCAUUUACAUUUUUUUGAAUAUAUUGAUGAUGAUCAUCCUCCUGUGCAUCCACUUGUACCCCGACCUGAUGAGUCUGUCACACCAUGGUGGAUAGCGAGCUGUCGGUUUUUUGAUGGGUUGGUUGAUUGUGUUCCUCCCCCAGCGAAAAAGGCAAAACUCUUUUCGCGACUUGCUAUUCAGACUCACUUACUCCCUUAUACAGAGGACCUUAACUAUGCCGACACCAUCAAGUGUAGGCCCAAGGGCACCACGAGUCAUUGUACACUAGAGGAGUGGGCUUUAUCAUUAGAGCGUGCUCAUGGUGAGCUGCAUACAGAGUUUCGGUCAUUAAAGACGCAUGUCUCUACGCUUGAGCACAAGGUUGAGAUUAUGCUCCAAGGAAAGGAUGGAUGUUGGGAGCAUUGUGUUAUCGUCGAUGCAUUGAAACAAAAGUUGCGGUGCAACUAUUGUGGUGGGGAGUUCAACGGAGGGGUAUGCAACAUGAACUUUCAUCUAGCUCAAAUUAAAAACAAAGAUAUAGUUCCUUGUAUGGAAGUGCCUGAUGAUGUCCGUGACCAUAUACGAGUCAUACUGAGCUCACCCAAGAAGCACAAAGCUCCCAAGAAACAAAAUCCAGGUCCCAUAGAAGUAGGUAAUGAUCACCAAAAUAGCUCGUCUUUUAGUGCUGGGGCACAUCCCAAUAACCCUGAAUCUGAUGGACAGUAUAACAGUAGCUAUUCACCUUUGAUGUCCCCGUGUCCACAUGUAAUCCCACUGCCAGUUGUUGAUGAUAGCCAAAGGCAAAAACAAAGCGAUGCUGAUAAAAAGGUUGCUUUAUUCUUUCUUCAUAAUGCAAUUCCUUUUUGUGCUGCAAACUCUGUUUAUUAUCAAGAAAUGGUGGAUGCAAUAGCAGAAUGUGGAGUUGAUUAUAAGGCUCCAAGCUAUGAACAUAUGAGAUCUUCUCUUCUAGAGAGAGUAAAAGAUAAUUUUGGGGAUGAUUACAUGAAACUAAGAGACCAAUGGAAGGAAACAGGCUGUACAAUCUUGUGUGAUCGUUGGAUCAGUGGAAAGACGAAGUCACUAAUUGUAUUUUCUGUUAGUUGCCCGAAAGGCACAUUAUAUCUCAAGUCUGCAGAUGUAUCUGAUCAUGCCGAUGAUGCUCAGUACUUGGGUGAGUUACUUGAGUCAGCAGUAUUGGAAGUUGGAAUAGAAGACAUUAUCCAAGUAUUGACUGAUAGUACUUCUAGUUUUGUUUAUGCUGGAAGGCUUCUUAUGGCUAAGUACCCUUCGAUAUUUUGCUCUACUUGUGCUUCACUUUGUGUCACUCAGAUACUGGAGGACUUUAGCAAGCAUGAGUGGAUAAAGACAGUAUUGGAAGAGGCAAAUACCAUGACUACAUACAUAUACAGCGAUGCACGGACCUUAAACAAGAUGAGAAAAUAUACAGGUGGAAUGGAGUUGAUUCGAGCGAAAUUUCCUAAAUAUGUUGCCAUCUUUCUCACCUUGAAGUUGCUCAUAAAUCAAGAGGACAAUCUAAAGAACAUGUUUUAUGGGGCAGAAUGGGUAUCACCAACUCACAGUAGACAACCAGAUUCCGAAGCUUUCAAGUCUUUGUUGUAUUCCAUACGGUUCUGGAAGUCUGCAAAUGAGGCAGUAAGUGUGUCUGAGCCACUCGUUAAACUUCUCAGGAUUCUUGAAGGUGACAUGCCUGCUAUGGGCCAUAUAUACGCGGGAAUGGAGAGGGCAAAGAUGGCAAUAAAGGCAUAUUAUAAUGAUGUUGGAGAAAAGUAUAUGCCAAUUUGGGAAAUCAUUGAUAGAAGAUGGAACACUCAACUUCUUUCACCUUUAUAUGCAGCGGCAGCGUUUCUGAAUCCUUCUAUUGUUAAUAGCCUCAAUUUUAAGAACGAUAUGAAGAUGAGGAAUGGAUUUCAAGAAGUCAUGUUGAAAAUGGCUACUGAAGAUAAAACGAAGUUUGAAAUCACCAAGGAGCAUACUGUAUACUUAAAUGCUCAAGUUGCUCUCGGGACUGAUUUUGCUAUCAUGGGAAGAACACUGAAUGCACCAGGUGAUUGGUGGUCAGCAUAUGGUUAUGAAACCCCGACCUUGCAGAGAGUUGCUAUUAGGAUACUGAGUCAACCAUGUAGUUCUCAUUGGUGUAAAUGGAACAAGAGAAUCUUUGAGAGUGUACAUGCAAAAAGGCGAAACAGGAUGGAGCAGGAAAAGUUUAACGAUUUGAUUUUUGUGCACUGCAACCUUUGGUUACAAGAGAUUGUUAGAAGCAGGCACGGGAAGUGCAAACCUAGCGUCUUUGAUGAAGUAGAUGUUGUUUCUGAAUGGCCGACAGAACUACACCAUUAUGUACCUCCAUUGGAUGACUCAUGGUUGGAUACUCUUCCUAUUGAUUACAGAGGUAGUCCUUGA